CUGAAGUGGGUCAGUGCUGCGUCGAACCGGGGAAGGGUUGCGUUGCAGCAGGACGCUCCUUAGCCGGCCGAAAUUCGUUAUAAUCAGUACACUCCCGCGUCUCGUUGUGCGCGGAGAGGUGAAGGUCCUCGCUUGGCUCGGACUAAAGGGCUGUGGGAUUGUUCGGAAAGUGAUUCGGUUGGCUUUGCAGAUCCCAGGCCGAGAGCGCGGGUGAGACGAUAACAUGGCGAGGACAAGUCGGGUUCACGUUCUGGCGGCGUGUGUGCUGGUGAACCUCCUGGCCGACUUGGGCGCGUGUGGCCCGGCCCGCGAGGAGGAGAAGGCCGCUGAAGGUCACGAGGUGAGGAUGGCAGUGCCCCGAAGUGCGUUCCUGGAUCGUCUUCAUGCAUCGAUGCGACCUGAUUCCAUGCCACUGCAGACCAAACACCCCGAUGCGAAUCAUAAGCGAUGGAAAGGCUCCCAAAAGAAAGAGAAUCUGGUACUAGGGGAACAGAAUCCAGAUCCAGGAGAAAUCCGUAAAGAGGAAGAGAUAAUGCGAGAACUAGCGCACUUGCGAGCAAUUUUGGCGAGUCAAGUUGAGGAAGACAGAAGCAAAAUGAGAAGCGGUUUCGGCGUGCCCUUACCACUUCCCGAGAUGAAAGAGGCAUAUACGCGCCGCUCCUUCCUCAACCUGGUGCCACUCUACCUACCGGACGCGCAGAGAGCCAACACCGAGUGCCGCAGAGACCUGUUGGCACUCUAUCGCAGUUUAAACGACCUGGAGGAGUUGGUCAAGAAUGGGACCCUGUGGCCUUUACAAUUGGUUGACUCGUGGGGGAAGUUCGCAGACGGGAUGCUGGUCGGCAACCUAAAGCUCAUGGGUUUCUUCGGGGAGUGUGUGCGCAUCUCCGUGACACAGGACGAUGCUGACUUCAGGGGACAGUACUGCUUCCUCUCCUACGGAGCCGCCAAGAACUCCAGCAACACAACGGAGGAGUGGAAGGACCUCCGCACGCCGAUGCUGUCCUCGAUGCUGCAUCCGUCCCUGCUCACCGCCUACGCCACCUGCAUGCCGUCCACCUGCACGCGAGAGGAACUCAGGGUGAGUUUUGUGUCAAGAAUAUUUAAAAUGCCUCGAUGUUACUCAAGAGCAUUUCAACAACACAACCAGCGGUCGCCAGAUAAAGUUACGCGUUCUAGAAGUCCUAAGGAAUUUUUAAUCCUACGGGUCAGCAUUUCCUAUCGCAUCCUUCGCAUCGACCAGAGACCACACUAG